AUGCAAGCUCGAGGAGACGCAGGUGGCAGAAUGGGCAGCACAGGGCCAGACAAUUCAAUGGCGAGCACAUCUAUGGAGAUGGAAGACGACGAUUCUGACAUGUCCAUCGUACCAGCCAGGACGCCCAACCUUGCACAGUCAGAGCUACCGAGACCUCGCUCUUUGGCGCCACAAAGUCCGACUGUCUCUCAGGACUCUUGGCUCGUAGCGCCUCCGGCAGCAGCACCCGCUCAACCCGCUCCCACCGCCUCGUUCUUGCCGCACGAGAUUCUCCUUCACGUCUUUCGCUUCGUAGCUGCUCGACCAACGGACCUCCGCAGUUGUCUGGCCGUCUGCAAGACUUGGACGCUAUGCGGCGUGGAGCUCUUGUGGCAUCGGCCUGCCUUUAAGAAUCUCGAAGGCUUCCAGAAGUUUGCAAAGGUUCUGGCCUCCCCAACUGCUACCUUCGAGUAUGCCUCGUUUGUGCGCCGCAUCAACUUCGUCGCCAUUGCGGGGCAUCUGACAGACGACACCUUUCGGAGCAUAGCGGCUUGCACACGAGUGGAACGCCUUACGCUUAGCGAUUGCAAGCACUUGUCCAACAAGGUCCUCGAGGAGGUGUUGACACAGACGAAGAACAUAGUCGCCAUCGAUCUGACGGGAGUCACUGGGCUCGAAGAUGGGGCUCUCAAAAUCCUCGCGGCUACUUGCCCGCGCCUGCAAGGCAUCAAUCUGAGCGGCUGCCAGCAAUUGUCAUCUGAAGCUGUCGCAAAUCUCGCGAGAGCUGCGCCGCUCCUCCGAAGAGUCAAACUGUGCGAAUGCGUAGGCGUCGGCGAUGAGGCGCUGAUCGCUCUAGCGCAGAAUUGCAGUGUGUUGCUAGAGGUGGACUUGGUGGGAUGCUCCAAGCUCAGCGACCUAUCUGCCCGUCAGAUUUGGAGUCGAGCCUUCCACCUGCGCGAGCUUCGCAUGGCUCAGUGCAUCAACUUGACGGACCUUGCUUUCCCAGCGCCUGCGUCACACCUCAGCAAAGCUCAAGCUGCAGCUGCGCGACACCAUCGGAGUCACGGCGUGGGUGGCAUUGAGUCGGCACCGGCUUCUCGAGGCGCUUCUCCAACAGGAACUCGUAGCACCGGCCAGAAUGGCAGCGAUGGAAGCACUGCGCCGCCAAAUGGUCAUGACUCCAUCGGUCUGCCGCGAACAGCGACCAUGCCUGACCAUCAAGCCCCACUCACGUCUUUGGCUCCUCCCAGGAUCUUCGAACAGCUUCGAAUUCUCGACCUGACCAAUUGCAACGCCAUCUCUGACGCCGCAGUGGAGGGCAUCAUCACGCAUGCGCCAAGGAUCCGCAAUCUGAUACUUGCAAAAUGCACGCGUUUGACGGAUGCUUGCAUCUAUAGCAUUUCGCAACUUGGCCGUAACCUUCAUCUUCUGCACCUGGGCCAUGUCAGCAAGUGAGUCUGGGGGCCGCGUCCGCGUGGUCGCUCACUGAGUCGUGCGCCCGGCUAUGCGCUGACAUCUGGAAUGACUACCUCCUACAGCAUUACGGACCGAGCGGUGAUUCAUCUCGCAAAGACAUGUACACGCUUGCGCUACAUCGAUCUUGCUUGUUGCCCGCAGCUCACUGAUGAGUCCAUCAUCGAGAUGGCCAGCAGUCUUCCAAAGCUGCGCCGCAUCGGUCUCGUUAGGGUACGUGUGAAGUAGGGUUUCUGAAGCCGACUGGGAGCUGAUGGUGCUGGAUUUUCUUCAUUCCUGUCUCGGUAGGUUACGAACCUUACAGAUCAGGCUAUCUACCAGCUUGUUGACAGGUACACCAGCCUCGAGAGGGUGCACCUCAGCUACUGCGAGAAUAUCAGUGUACCUGCGAUCUUCUACCUUCUCCAGAGGCUUGGCGGCCUGACGCAUCUCAGCCUGACAGGAGUUCCUGCCUUCCGGAAGCCCGAGUUGCAAGCUUAUUGCAGGUCACCGCCGAAGGUGAGCAUAGCAAACUCGGCACGCAUGAUACGUCCCGAUGACAGCUCCCUAAUACAGCUGUUCGACCCUCCCACAGGAUUUCAAUGACCACCAACGCAGCGCAUUUUGCGUCUAUAGCGGGCGCGGAGUCAACGAGCUGCGCCGGUACCUUUCUGGCGUCUAUCUUGAAAAGCCAGAGAGACAUGAUUUUGGCGAACUCACCCCUGAAGUGCAGAGGGCACUCGCGAGCCUGUCGGCUGCUCAACACCCCCUAUUACGCUCUUACGAAGCAGCAGGGUUUGCUGUGGACCAUGCAGCGAAUUUCCGCGCGCCGUGGCCACAGGGCUCUUUGCACGAACAAGGAGCUUCGUCGCAGGGCUCGCGCUUUGAGCUCGGACCGCCUUUACCAAGGGCGGUAGCACAAGAAUGGGGUGCACGCUUGGGGCGACCAGCUCGCGAUCCCGUGAAUGCAGAUACUGCUGCGACGCGUGCAGAAAGGCAUCAUUUCGACUAUCGCAACCCUACGCCUAGCUAUGCUAACCAUGCGCACACCUCAUCGGUCCCCGGAAGCUUCUACUUCUCGGACCACGUUUACAAUCAGGAGAGAGGCCAAGCUCCGACUGCUGGGCAGCCUGCCGCGGGCGCUAGCAGUUCGACGCAGACGGAGUGGUCGCCGUGGAACCCGCGUGUGGACGCUGCACAGCCUUCACCGGGCCAUUCGACAGCUGAGUAUGGAACCAACAGGACUCCGCGACAGCAGCAGCACCUUGCUGCGCUGGAGACACCACCGAUCGAGAUGAGAUCUGCGAACGAACCUACUGAGUCGAGCGCCUCAAGCAGGGCACGAAACGGUCAGCCACAGCGCUCCGCGGAGCUGCAACAAGCCAUCGACCGUCUGCGCGCUAUGAGCUCGCGGCCUCCAUGA